CUGGAUCACUGCUACAGUUCUGGAGCACAUGUUGACUACAGAGCAGAGAGGAGAGCUGCCCAAGACCCUGACUGACAUGUACUUACACUUCCUGCUGGUUCAGACAAAGAGGAAGAAGAACAAGUACCAUGAGGGACAUGAGACGAGUCCACAGGAGCUGACGGAGGCUGACAGGGAAGUUCUUCUAAAGCUGGGGAGGCUGGCGUUUGAACAUCUGGAAAUAGGAAACAUCAUGUUUUACCAAGAAGACCUGGAGCAAUGUGGUCUGGAUGUCACAGAUAUUUCAGUAUAUUCAGGAAUUUGCACAGAGAUCUUCAAAAAAGACUGUUUAAUCCUUCAGAAACCAGUCUACUGCUUUAUUCAUUUGAGCAUCCAGGAGUUCAUGGCUUCAGUCUACAUGUUCCACUGUUACACCAACAAAAACACAGAGGUAUUGAAAGUAUUCUUGGAGCAAAACUGCGAGUAUCAAAACAGUCAUUCUGAUGAUGAAGAUUCUGAUUAUGAAGAUUUUGAUGAUGAAGAUUCUGAUGGUAAUACUGAACUCUUUUCCAACUCUGGUUAUGUUAUCCCCUCCUUAGCUGACUUUCUUACGCUUGUGAUGGAGAAAUCCCUUGAAAGUAAAAAUGGACACCUGGACCUGUUUGUUCGAUUUCUUUAUGGUUUGUCUCUGGAAUCCAAUCAGAGACUUUUAGGCCACCUGCUUGUCUGGGCAGAGGUCUUGCCAGAAAUGAUCCAGACAGCCAUAAACAACUUGAAGGAAAUGAACACCCACAAAAUCUCUCCUGACAGAAGCAUCAACAUCUUCCACUGUCUGAUGGAAAUGAACGACCUCUCAAUACAUCAGGAGCUUGAAGAGUUCCUGAAGUCAGAGAACAGAUCAGAGAAACUUACGGCAAUUCACUGCUCAGCUCUGGGCUACAUGCUGCAGAUGUCAGAGGAGGUUCUGGAUGAGUUGGAUCUGACAAAAUAUAACACCACAGUGGAGGGACAGCAGCGGCUAAUCCCAGCUGUGAGGAACUGUAAGAAGGCUCGACUUUCUGGCUGUGGACUCUCAGGGAUUCACUAUGAAUUGUUGGCCUCAGCUUUGAAGUCAAACCCCUCCCACCUAAGAGAACUGGACUUAAGUGAGAAUUAUUUGCAAGAUUUCGGCUUGAAGCUGCUAUCUGUUGGACUAAAGAGUCCACAUUGUAGACUGGAGAGUCUGAAACUUCAGAAAUGCAAACUGUCAGAGAGUUCCUGUGUGAUUCUGGCAUUGGCUCUAAAAUCCAACUCAUCCUAUUUGAAGGAGCUGGAUUUGAGUUUUAACUCUCUGCAAGAUGCUGGAAUGAAACGACUGUUAGCUGAACUGGAGAACUCAGAAUGUCAUCUUGAAAUUUUGAGGCUGAAAGGCUGUAUGUUGAUUGAGACCAGUCGCUAUCUAAUCUCAUUUCUAAUGUCUCAUCUGAGAGAGUUGGACCUGAGUGACAACAAUCUGCAGGAUUCUGGCGUGGAGCAUCUGUCUCGUGGACUGGAGAAUCCAAAGUGUAAACUAGUGACUCUCAGAUUGAGCUCAUGCAGGUUGUCAGAGAUUAGCUGUGAUUCUCUGGCCUUGGCUCUGACGUCUAACCCCUCCCAUCUGAGAGAGCUGGACCUGAGUAAGAACAAGAUACAGGAUUCAGGAGUGAAGCUGCUUUCCACUGCCCUAGAAUCAUUGUGUUGUAAACUGGAUACUCUAAGACUGUCUUUCUGUCAGAUUACGCCCAAAGGCUGUGAUUAUCUGGCCUCAGCUCUCAAGUCCAACCCUUACUACCUGAGGUACCUGGACCUGAGUCACAACAAUCUCCUACGGGAUUCAGGAGUGAAGCAGCUGUGUGAUUUCCUGGAGAGUCCAAACUGUAGACUGGAAAUUCUCAGACUCAGUUUCUGCAGUUUGUCAAACCUCAGCUGUUCUUUCUUGGCUUCAGCUCUGAAAUCCAACCCCUCCCAUCUAAGAGAGUUGGACUUGACUCUAAACAAUCAUCUGGGAGACACUGGAGUAAACCAAUUGUCCAGUCUGAUGCAGAGUCCAGAAUAUAGACUGGAGACUCUAAGGGUGAAGUAAGACUCUUGAAAGAUGGAGAGGAAGACAAAGACAAAGUGACCGAACGGAAGAAAGCAGUGUGAUUCUACAAAGGCUUUUUUGACAAACCCAACCAAUGUGUCUUUGGGUAUUCAAAUGAAUUCAGUUUUAUUUACAGAGCGCCAAGUCACAGCAACCCUAGCUUCAAGGUACUUUACAUUGUAAGGUAGACCCUACAACAGGUGUUCCUGAGGUUUUAGAUAUUACCUUGGGUCAACACACC